CGGCGUCCCGCGCGGUUUCGAUUGCGAAGGUGGAGGAGAGGUCGUUCGAGGUGAAUUCUGGCAACGGGCAUCAGCUGAUGAUGGCAAAUUGUAACGGGAACAGAAAGGGGAUGAAUUGGAACCAGACCCGGUCGCUGAAUUCGAACGCUCACAAGUUUACUAAUGGGGUCUUGAUGAUAGGGAGUGAAGCUGAAUCACUGCAGAGGCCGUUUGGUCACCAGGGCAAUGGAUUGAGCCAUUUCCAGCCUCAGCAGCAGCAGCAGCAGCAGCAGCAGCCACAAUUGCCGCAAUCAAGGCAGAUAGAUUUCAGUGCGGGGGCAAGUUCAGGCGGGGUAAUUACUCGAAUUGGGACAUUAGAGUCUGAGCACUCCGACGUCGAGGCUAAUUGUAAAGACGAGAGAGGGGCAAAUUUGGAUGAGAGGAGACCAAGAAAGAGAGGCCGAAAGCCUGCCAAUGGUAGGGAAGAGCCCCUUAAUCAUGUAGAAGCUGAGCGCCAAAGGCGAGAAAAGCUCAACCAGAGGUUCUACGCGUUGAGAGCCGUAGUCCCCAACAUAUCAAAAAUGGACAAGGCUUCCCUCUUAGGGGACGCCAUUGCUUACAUCACCGAGCUGCAGAAGAAGCUGAAAGAGAUGGAGUCAGAGAAAGAACGGUGGUCUGAGGGGACUUCAGGCGAUUUCAAGGCCCAGGCAAUUCAGAAUCCUGAAGUAGACGUUCAAAUUGUUCAUGAUGAUGCAGUCGUUCAAGUGAUCUGCCCUUUGGAUUCUCAUCCCAUUUCAAAAGUGAUACUGGCUUUCAGAGAGGAACAGAUGAAUGUAGUUGAAUCGAAGGUUUCAGCAAACAACGGCAGUGUGCUUCACACAUUCAUCGUGAAAUCGAGCAAUUCAGAGCAGCUAACAAAGGAGAAGAUAAUUGCUGCUAUAUCUUGCAAGAUGAACUCAACCUCAACAUGACAUUAGAUAAAUUUUAGGCUUUUGGUUGAGUUAAUAUGUUUUUGAUGGCUAUAGGUUUUUUUAUAUAUGCUAAUAGGAAUUCAUGGUCUAACCAUGGGAAGAUUACUAAUCUGUAAGUCCUUUAUAGUGAUUGUUACUCUGAUGUACUAAAUGUGUUAUUUAGGUGUAUCUCCUCACUGUUUUUAAUACAUUGUCUAAUACUUCGUAA